AUGGCGCAUCCGUACGGCACUCCUCGGCACUCCUCCUCCUCCCCUCACUCGCUGGCCUGGCUGCGUACCAGUCCUCCAGUGCCACCCUGUUGCUGUGCCUCCUCGCCUCAGUUACAUGCCGUGAGGCCGGCGAUGGCAGAUGCAGCUUGCGUUCCAACACGCCUGAAUCCACACGAGAAAAUGGGUUCUGCAUCCACCAGAGCCCGCCGCGCGCAACCAGUGACCAGCAACCUGGGAUGCUGUUGCUACGCUCCCGGUAUGUCGACGGCGGCUGCGUACGCAGCAGAAUGGCGGUGCAACUUCAGCACGUCAACGCUUACCAAGUUUACCAUUCGGCAUAGUGCAAGCUGUACUGCCCAUCCCGUCAUCUCCAAUACUUGCUCAGCUACGGUGGGCUAUCGCAGGUAG